AUGGAACAUGGGGAGGUGACUAGGAUUUUGAAUGCAUUGGUGAUUCAACCAUCCAUUUAUGAUGAGAUAAGGGAAAGUCAGCUAGAAGACGAGAAGUUAAAGGCGAUAAAGAAAAAGAUCGAUGAAGGGCAGGUGUUGGAUUUCACUAUUGGUGAUGAAGGGAGUAUUUGUUUUAAGGGAAGGUGGUGUGUACCGCAGAGUCGUGGAGAUUUAAAGCAGAUAUUGAUGGAAGAAGCCCAUAACUCUCCUUAUUCAAUGAAUCUUGGAGGGGAUAAGUUGUAUAAGGACAUGAAGAAGACUUUUUGGUGGCCCAAUAUGAAGAGAGAAGUAGCUGAAUUUGUGGCUAAGUGUUUGACAUGUCAGAAAGUGAAUAUUGAGCAUCGUAGGCCUCAAGGAAAGGUCCAAUCCUUGGAAGUACCCAAGUGGAGUUGA